AUGAAUCAAAUUAGAAAAUGCUUAGUAGGUGUUGUUUAGAUGUGUUCUACUCACAAUAAAAAAUAAAAUAUGGAAUUUAUUCUUUAAAAUUUAAAAUAAGCUCAUGAAAAAUAAGCGAAAAUAUGCUUUUUUCCUGAAGCCUUUGCAAUGAUUUCUAGAAGUUUUGCAGAAACAUUUGAAAACGCAGAAUAUAUUGAUGGUGAAAUGAUAAAUUGCUUAAGAGAUCAUGCUAAAAAGUAUAAUUUGUGGCUAUCGCUUGGAGGCUUUUAGGAAAGAUUAAAAGAAAAUGAUAAAAAGAUGGGAAAUACUCAUAUCAUUAUUGAUAAUUUAGGAAACAUAGUAUAAACUUAUAAGAAGCUUCAUCUUUUUGAUAUAAGCAUCGACACAAAAAACACAAUAUCUGAAAGUAGUGGUUAUGUAUUUGGCGACUAAGUUCCAAAUGUUGUUGACUCUCCUGCAGGCAGGUUAGGAUUAUCUAUUUGCUAUGACUUGAGAUUCCCUGAGCUUUUUAGACUUCUCGCAGUUCAACAGAAAGCUGAAAUAUUAUUAGUUCCAAGUGCUUUUUUUAAAAAGACUGGCUAAGCUCACUGGCAUACUCUACUAAAAGCUAGAGCCAUAGAAAAUUAAUGCUUCGUUAUUGCAGCUGCAUAAGCAGGAUAGCAUAAUGAUAAAAGAGAAAGCUAUGGACACUCUUUAGUUAUAGAUCCUUGGGGUGAAGUAUUAUUGGAUAUGGGACCAGAAAAGCUUGGUAUUGAUUUUGUAGAAAUAGAUUUGGAAAAAAUUGAUACAGUCAGAAAAGGUUUACCAGCUAUAAAUCAUAUUAGAAACGAUAUUUACAAGCUAUCUAAAAUUUGA